AUGGCAGCUAAGAAUAAUAUCCCAUCCGGAACGACUAAAUUCGAUGUCUUGCUAGGCAGAGGAAGGGGAAAUUUCAACAAUUUGGGCAACAAGAACUUCCGAAAGAUGGUGGAAGAAGACUACGAAUACUGGGAGCAUUCCAAUAAAGAAAGACAACAAGAAAUUGCACUUGCAAUUGUCAGUGAGAUUCAGAGUGGCAAUGAAGAGGCCGGAAUACCCCGUGGGAGAUUUUUGAUCAAGCAAAAAGUCGAAGGAUGCGAGCGAUUCACCGAAAUCACCACCGAAAAGGCUGUGGCAACAACACUUCAAUGCUUCAGGAACAUGAAGUCAAAGAAGAAAACAGGAAGUGUUUCAGCAUUAGAUCAGAUUGCAAACCUGGCAAAAUAUACCUCGAUGAACAAUCAGAAGGACACUUUCAACGAGAAAGUUGAAAGUAUUCUCUCGAGUCCAAAACUCGAAGCAGCAAUCGUGGCCUUGCUGGUACAGCACGAGGACCCUCAGAACCAGCCGCCCAUCGUGGGCCCGCUAUCCAUAAACCACGUUGCCAACCAAGGCAACGGAGAUGCUGCAAAUCUGCAGCCAAGGAGUGUUCCAACAGUUGACAGUGCUGCUAGUCUCAGCCUAGAGAAUGGUUCCAACACUGGUGUCCUCGGCGUUUUCGACAGCAUUGAUGAAGCAAUUGUCAGCUGGGCCAAUGGAUCCAUCGGCGACAUCACCGAUGCCGAUCGAUCGACAGUGGCCAGUAUAAUCAAUGCCGGUCUAAGUUUCGAAGAUGAAUCCAAAAUGGGCGAGCUCGAAUUCUGUUUCGGUGAGCAGAUUCAUGGCGAGGGGCAGUAUACCGGAACGGUGUUCAAAGGCAAACCACAUGGAGCCGGUUACAUGUUUUAUGAUAAUGGUCGAACUGCAAUUGCUUGUGGGAGUUGGAGAAAUGGGAAGUUGGAAGGUCAAGCUUGCAUAUUCUACAGGAACCAAGACAAAUGCUACGCAACGUUCGAAAAUCAUCAUAAGCAUGGAACAGGCACAUAUUUUUACAACAAGAAAAACGAACGAUAUGUUGGAAAUUACUUCCUAGACAAGAAGCACGGAAAGGGAAUCUACACAGACUCAAAGGGAAACAUUUACAAUGGAGAUUUCGCCCAAGGGCAAUUCCACGGCAAAGGAACCCUCAAGUAUGCCAAUGGUCGUAGAGUACUAGGUCACUUCGAAAAGUGGAAACUCCGGUCAGAGAUCAAGAGGAGAAGACCGAAACAGAUGAUUGAUGACGACGCCGCGACACAACUAGCAAGGAAAAAGAGUAAGUUGGAUAUGGAAUGA